UGUGCUUCUAUUUUACUGUAUCAAAACCAGCCUUCUCUCUCUCAUUCUCCCUCUCUCACAGAACAGAGGUUCUCAGGCAUUGCUGGCCUCAGUGUUUCAGAAAAACAUCUGUAGUUCACCGUCAUUCACUGUUAGUAGAGAAAAAAAACAGAGUGAAGUUUAGCCUUUCAUUCUGUGGUUUCUUAUAUUGGGUGGUACCUAUCCAUAAAAAUAUAAUAUCAGAAUAAUAUAUCAUUUAUUAGAGGACAUGGGAAUGUACACAUUCAUAUAAAAACAGGAUUUAAGGGCACUCCCCAGCUGCAAAUCAAUGAGCUGUAGCAAGCAAUAGCCUUUUACCAAAAUGGCCACUAGAGGCCUUCAUUUACUAGGUUCUGUCAGAUUUAGCAGACAGCACCGUGUUGUGCACAGAGGGCCCAGGUCCACCCCAAAGCUCUGUGAAAUUCUGUUAACUUCGGUACCACAGCGUAAUCCUCCAUGUAAAAACAUCUUGCAUGAACUUCAGAUAAAUAAGUCAAGUUGAUUCUUCUUCAGCUCGUUCUUGAAAAAGGAGAAUCAAUAAAUAAUCCAGUUGUGUGAUUUGUCACAGGCUAGGCAUGACAUUGCGGUGCUUCCUUCCACCCUUCGGCAUGCUGCCUUCUCCAUUUGUGUUGUAUUCCUACUGAUUAUGAUGUCUUCCAAAUGCCUCGGCGUGAUAACAGUGUAGCUCCACGAGAUAACCGUGAAAAUGAGAGGAACUCCACUGCACAGCUGUGACACUCUUUUAUUUCCAACCCCUGUGGCAACUCAGGAUUGAAUGUAUUUUUAUUUUUCUUUCUCUACUGUUGUUGGAAUACAAAGUCAGUGUAAUUGUGCCUGUGAUUUUAUUUCCUGCCUUUCCCCUCUGUGAGAUUGGUAUUCUCCCCCUAGCAGGCUGCUCUAAAUAUGGCAAUGGUCAGUGUGUCAAUAAUCCCCCUCUUUAAGAGACCUGCAAACACUAGUGUUGGGACAUUCUUUCUGUUCAGAUGUCUAGCUGACGUCUGAUGCUUAAAACAGAGCAUGCUUUCAUCCCUUCAUGCAUUGUCGUAAGCCCCUGAUGAUUACUCUUAAAAGGGUGCCUCAGCUAGUCAGGGAAACAGUUGCUGACCAAACGAGAUACAGCUCACUUGAUUCAGCCUUCUUGAAUGCCUGAUCAUUUUAGUUUUCUAUUAGCCUGAUCAAACGGGACCAUGUCUACCUUUGGCUACAGAAGAGAGCUUAGUAAAUAUGAAGACAUUGAUGAAGAUGAGCUCCUUGCUUCUCUGACUGAAGAGGAGCUGAAGGAAUUGGAGAGGGAGCUGGAGGACAUAGAGCCUGACCGUAACCUUCCGGUAGGACAACGGCAAAAGAGUCUGACAGAGAAAACCCCAACGGGGACUUUCAGCAGGGAAGCGCUGAUGGCCUAUUGGGAGAGGGAGACCAGAAAACUCUUAGAGAAAGAAAGACUGGGUGCAUGUGAUAAGGAUUCAGAGCAAGAGGAAGACAAUGCAGAAGACAUUCAAGAAGAAUAUUUCACAGAGAGCAACAGUGAAGUAUCUGAGGAGGCAUAUACUGAAGAGGACGAGGAAGAGGAAGAAGAGGAGGAAGAUGAAGAUGAAAGUGAUGAAGAUGAGGAUGAAGAAAAGCAAAAUGCUGCAGCUGGUGAAAGAACUGUGAAUUGUGAAGGUGGCAGGAGUUCUGAUCACAUUAAACGCAAGAAAUGCAACAGUCAGAAGGGCGGUGAAAGCUUACUCAAUGGCCAUGAAGGAAAAGAUACAGACAGUCUGAGCUUUAAAUCCAGUGCCAUCCACCCUUGUGGAAAUCCAACAGUUAUUGAGGAUGCCUUGGAAAAAGUUAGGAACAAUGACCCUGACACCACAGAGGUCAAUCUGAAUAACAUUGAAAACAUCACUUCACAGAUGCUUAUACAGUUUUCUCAAGCUCUCAGGGACAACACAGUGGUUAAGUCAUUCAGUCUGGCUAACACCCGUGCUGAUGACAAUGUUGCAAUAGCUAUUGCUGGUAUGUUAAAGGUGAAUCAGCAUAUAACUAGUCUGAACAUUGAGUCAAAUUUUGUCACAGGCAAAGGGGUACUGGCCAUCAUGAGAGCUUUGCAGAAUAACAAAGUUCUAACAGAGUUACGCUUCCACAAUCAAAGGCAUAUUAUGGGCAGCCAGGUGGAAAUGGACAUAGUUAAACUGUUGAAAGACAACACCACUCUGGUCAAGCUGGGAUACCACUUUGAGCUUGCUGGACCAAGAAUGAGCAUGACAAGUAUCCUGACAAGAAACAUGGAUAAACAAAGGCAAAAGCGUAUACAGGAGCAACGGCAACAAGAGUCCAGUUGCGAUGGAGUGACUAAUCCUAAGACCAAAGUCUUGCAGAAAGGAACACCUCGAUCCUCACCUUAUGUAUCACCUAAGAGCUCACCUUGGUCCUCCCCAAAGCUCCCAAAGAAAGCACCACCAAUGAAAAGUCAGCCCCCAGCUCCAGCUACUCCAGCUACAGCACCUCCACCUCCUCCUCCACCUCCUCCUCCCCCACCGCCUCCUCCCCCUCCUCCUCCAGUUUUUACAGAGAAGAAGGUACCAACUAGGAAUAUAGCUGAGGUCAUCAAACAGCAAGAAAGCUCAAAAAAAGCCUUACAAAAUGGACAGAAAAAGAAAAAAGGCAAAAAAAGCAAAAAACAUGAGAACAGCAUAUUGAAAGAAAUUAAAGAUUCUCUAAAAUCAGUCUCCGAUAGAAAAUCAGAGGAAGGUUCACGACCCUCCACUCGACCUUCCACCCCACAAAGGUCUCUCCAUGACAAUCUUAUGGAAGCAAUUCGAGCGAGCAGCAUAAAACAGCUAAGGCGGGUGGAGAUUCCAGAAGCCCUUCGGUGAGAGGGUGAACAUCAGAAGAACCAGAGCUCUACAGCGGUCAAGGGGAGGUUACUGAUCUGUUCACUGGUGGUAAAAUAGACUUUAUAGAAAGCUGCUUCCAAAGUACAUUCUUAGACAUGAAACAUUUUUCUUUUCUUUUAAAAGAAAUAAACCCACUAAACACUAAACAAUGCUUUAAGGAUACAUCCACCUUGUAAUCUGUAAAUAUGGAAAUAAUUUUUUUUAUUUAAUGAGAUUUCUAUUGAGAAAUUGCUGUUUAUUUAGAUAUUCUUUUCAAUAUGUGAUUGCACAUCAAGUUCUUCUCACCGAGAUGUAAUAGUUUACUGACCUGCCGUUUCUUUUUCUUUUUUUCUUUUCUUUUCUUUUUUUUUUUCCCAUGAAUUUACAAUAAAUGUGGUUUGACGCUUUUAAGCAAAAA